CCUAUUUCCACACUUUUCAGUGUGAGCCUUUUGCGAGCGGAGAGAUCUCCAGCCGGAACCAGAUCAUGCCCUACUUUAUCCGACACGCCUUCGCAGACACGCCAGGGGUGAUGGGUUUCUACGUGGCCACUUUAUUUAGUGCAUCGCUCAGCACCGUGUCGUCAGGAAUUAACUCCCUUGCUGCCAACACGGUGGAGGACAUCCUGAGCGGACCCCUGAGCUCCGUCAAAGAGCACCGAGUGACACAAAUCACGAAGCUCAUCGUCUGUGUCUACGGCGCCAUCACUGUAGGGCUCGCCUACGUAGCCAACAACAUGAAGGGGUCCGUGUCACAGAUGGCGCUGUCAGUGAUGGGCGCCACUGGCGGGCCAAUCCUCGGGGUCUUUCUGGUGGGUGCAUCGGUACCCUGGAUCAACAAGUACGGUGUUCUGGGAGGCGGCUGUCUCUCUAUAGCUUUCAGUGUGUGGAUUGCGUUGGGUAACCAGGUAUACAGCAAGAAGAGUAACAAUUUGCCUUUCGCGUACACGGGACAGUGUGAGGCCAACAUCACUUGUCCACUUGGAAGUGAUGGCGUGACGUGCGAUACAAGCACACUUCUUUUCACGAACGACACGUCUUUUCACGGAAACUACUCAGUGGAAGUGCCAACUUACACAACUACGUCCCCUUAUUUGACUACGAAUGGAACAAUUCUCGACUCUGGUGACUUCGGCUUUUUCCUGUAUGAUAUUUCCUACGUAUGGUAUGCUCUGAUUGGCGCUGUUGUGAGUUCGGUCGGUGCGAUGGCGAUAAGCUUUGUCUCUCGCAAACUUGUGGAGAAAAAAACAGAUCCAGCUCUGAUGUUUCCCUUCAGUAGGAAGUUGUGGUCAAUGAACGUCUCCAAGCCCACCGAGGAGGAAACGGAGAAAAGCCUCGCCACCAAAGACACUGUGAUUUGAGGCUUGGGAUAUGUAGGGAAAGGAUACAGAACUAAGUGAAAAGAAGUAUAAUUUUGGAAAAUAUAUAUUUACUGCAUGAUACCUAUAAUGAGGCGCUCUUGGUGUGGAGUCUUUAGGGCUGACAAACGUGAGAACAGAAAUUGAUUUGCUCAGAAACACGUUCUCACUCUUACGGAACAAUAAACA